AUGCUUCCUGAAAAGAUGCCUACAUUGACCCCGGCUCUGAGACACCUAUCAGAGGACGAGGUCGACAACCGAACAGAUGCUGAGAUAGAGAGGCUCGUAGAUACCUACCGACCGGUAAGGCACGAGAAGAAUUGCUGGACAUUUUGGCAUUCAGGCUUCAAGAACAUGCCACGAUGGUGCAGGCGAAACGUUAUCGGCUGGGUCAGACGCCUAGGUCCUGAAUGGGACGUGCGCGUCACUGAUAUGGUUGAAGGCUCACCGAAUCACGCGUUGAACUACGUUGGUGCUGAGUAUUUACCGGACUGCUUUCUUGGGAAGAAGAUGACUGGGAAGACGCCCGCACAGCAUGCAAGUGAUAUGAUUCGGCUCCCUCUGGUGUACCUUGUGAGCGUGUGGAUGGACAGUGGCACUGUGCUGCUCCGAAGCUUUGAUGACGCAUUUUGGUACUUGCUCGAGAGCCCUGAGUGCCCGUAUGAAAUGUUCGUAAUCAAUUUCCACUACCGACGCUACGAGGGGCAGAUCCUCAAUGGGUUCAUUGGCGCGAGAAGGGGCAACCCUUUCAUCGGGCGAUGGGGCAAAGUGUUCUUCGAGUUGUGGAAGAAUCGCACAGAUUGUAGCGGUCUACGUUACCAUCCACUUAUACGGCAUCUGGGCCUCAUAGAUGGCACCAACGCUGAUAGAAUCGGUAUCGGCGGUCCCAAAGGUAAUUCAGCUCACAUCAUGGUCGAUUAUCUCGCCCAAGAUUAUUGCUUCGAGCGUGUACGCCUGGUUGUAGAUGAAGCGGAGAACUGGGACGGGCCAGCGUAUUAUCGGAGGCAUGUGUGUUUUCUGAACGCAGAGCGUGAGUAUUUCAAGUACGCUGCGCUCAUGCCGACUGAGAUGCAUGUCAAAUUGAUGUCACUGCCUUUCAAACCUGAGCUGACACGAGAGAGCGAGGAAGAGGACGCGUUCGGCCAAUUACCAGGGGCGGCAGCGCUAGCUGCUCAUCCAGAUCCUGACGAGAUAUUGCUGCAGCAAGCCGCUCGGGACUGGUUGACGAAUAUCAGCUCAAGUUGCCUCGCGGUGAAGUUUAGCGGCGGUUACUGGUGGCCGGGUAGCGGAUGGGCAAUGCCUUUAGCCGUGACAUGGGUACUCCCUGACCACGAAGAUGAUGACAUAUUGCCAGGAAGCUGGGCUGAGUGGUUCCGCUACGCUUCGACUCACCUGCAGCAGACCAGAAAAGUCCCAGUAUAUGGAACAUAUUGCGCGGAAUACGAAAAGACUUCAGUGCCAGGUUUCUUGCAAGCUGAAGCCGAACGAGUCCUCCAUGGCGGGUUGCUGGAGCCGGCUUUGGAGACUGACGGGUGGGACUUUAUUCCACAAUUUGAAGCAAAACUGUAA